AUUCUCUGAAAAUAUUUAUUAAAUUUUAAUGGUUUUUAUUCGAUGAAUCAUUGUACUGAAUUUCAAGCUGAUACGCGGUCAAUGUCUGCGGUCUUUACAUGCUAUGCAGCUCUCAGAGUAUCAAGAGCCGCAGACUCAAUUUCUAUUUAUAAAGCGUAUAUAUGCUUCUCUGUCGUUUAAUUUUAGUUUUAGAGAAGCAGUCUUACGCCACGCGUAUUAAACCAUCGAAUUGUCUGGUACCAGAACACCCGUAUUUUCAUUAAUUUUGAAGCAAAUUAUUAUUAAUUUUGAGUGAUCAAUGAGUUACAACGAUUUGCGAAACCGGCGACUUUAUGAUUUUCAAGUUCAAAGAGGAGUGUCAAGUACAAUCAAUAUAUUCGCUAACGCUGUUAUAAAUUGCGCCUAUGAAAGUAUAUUCAUCGUGAAUACAAUUUGUCGGUAAUUUCAUUCAUAAAACUGCAUGCGAUCAAUCAGUCAUUCACGAUACGAAAAUUGUAUUUGUAAAUAGAACAGUAAAACUACUUUCAGACUAGUUUUAACAAAGCACGCUCGUCGGUAAUAUGGAGGACGAAGAAAAGCACUGUUCCAAAGAUGCUCAAUCGGAGUCGUCAGACGCAGCCUCGACAGUGAAACCUUAUCCGGACGGCUGGACGAACUCUGAAAAUUAUGAUUCAUCCGAAACCACGUCGACAUCCGAGCCAGGAGAGGAUUGCUCUACAGAAGACUGUCAUUUAUCCAGGCUGAAUCUUAUUCAUAAUCAAAUUCAUUGUUUUUACAAAUCUCAAAAUUGUCUUUGUCAGUCCUGUUUGUUGAGUUAUGCGACGACGAUGGCGCUACAAGGAAGUGUGCCAAAUAUUUGUGCAGCUGCUAACAUUUCUCAUUUGAUGAGCAGUUCUAUGUACAAUCAGCCUAUUUGCAGUGGAAUGGGUCAACAAAAAAAUCAACACGCACAUAAUUAUUGUCCAAUGCACGUGCAAAUACCAGCACAAAAGUCUUACAAAAGUGAGUUGGCUGCUCAUAAAGAAAAUCAGGAAACUCCAAAUUCAGCUAACUGCGGAGGUAACAAUUACAUUGGCUCACUGGAUCGCCGUAAACGAAGAUUCAAAAGUAAAGUUACACAGGACCACAGAACCAAGAGUCAAAGCAAUUUGAUUCGUUACGAUCAGCGUGCCAAACCCCACUAUUGUUCAAUUCAACAGUUGAAUGUUGGGAACAAUUCACAUUAUAAAAGUCGUCCGAAAACUACCGAGGAACGGCUGAGAAAGUUAGAAAAUGAACGAAGUGCCCUUCAUAUGGAAAUAUCCAUUCUAUCGGAGCAAGUUGACGCACAGUCUACUAAAAUAAUCGAGCUUGAAAAUGCCUUACAAGAGAAGAAAGAUGUCAUGCGCCAGAUGGAAGAAUCCUUACAAAAGGAAGUACUAUCACGUAGUGCUUUAGAAACACAGAAAUUAGAGCUACUCACUUCACUGUCCGAAAUGAAGCUCAGACAAGCAAGUUUGGAACAUGAGAAUAUAACACUGCGGACUACCAGUCCCCUGACAAAUGGCGAAAGAUUUAGCAGACACGCGGGUCAUUACAGUAGCCUACCGAGACCACCGACAGCAAGCAAAAAAGGUGUUGCUUUUGGUAAGACUCCAAGUCUAUCAGCCGCGCAAUCUACCAAUUAUUUACCAGUUAGAGGUGUCUCAGAGAGGUGUCUGACAACUCCUAUUUUAGCUGCCGAAGAGAAAAUUAUUAACGAUAGUACAAGUUACAUUCAACCAGUGCCUAUAAAAGCUUUUGCAGAGAUGACUCUAGACGAUAUAAAUGAUUGGAUGGCUCAGCUUGGAUUAGAAUCUUACAAAAAUGAAUUAAAACGUUGGGGAGCAACCGGUUCUAAAUUAUUAGAUGCUUCUCAUCAUCAGAUUGAAAAAGAGCUAGAUAUUAAAAAUGCUUUGCAUAAGAAAAAGCUACUCUAUGCCGUUGAAUGCGAAAGAUUGAAUGGUGCAGGAUUUCUUGGCUCUGAAAAGAUGGACAAUGCAACAGUAUUACGCUGGCUUGAUGAUAUCGGCUUACCGCAACACAAAGAAGCUUUUUAUAAUGCUAAAGUCGAUGGCCGAAUUUUGCAUAGAUUAACAACUGAUGAUUUGGUAAUGUUAAAUAUUACCGCUCAACUUCACGCAGCGAGUUUACGACGUGGAAUUCAAGUGUUACGAGAAUUGAACUUUGAGUUUGAUAAUUUAGAACGACGCUCAAACAAUGACGACAGUUACGAUGAUCCAGAAAAAAAUAGGAAUCCAGUUGUUCUAUGGACAAAUCAUAGAGUAAUGGAAUGGUUGCGCGUUGUUGACCUUGCCGAAUAUGCACCAAAUCUACGUGGUUCUGGAGUUCAUGGUGGUCUAAUGGUCUACGAGCCUCGUUUUACUUCUGAGUUAUUGGCUACUUUGCUUAGCAUACCACCAGCAAAGACAUUGCUUCGACGACAUUUGACGACGCAUUUCAAUCAAAUUAUAGGCAGAGAUGUCGUUCAAAGAAAACGAGAAAUGGAGAAUAUGCUAGGUUUUAUGCCAUUGACUCUUACAGCCAGAUUAAAAGUACCAAAGAAAACACAGUUUACUCUGAAACGUAAGAAAAGUAAAAGCGAACUGGACUUUGGAAAUUUAGUGUGUCCAAUGGAAGAAUCACCACCAGGUACACCAUCAUCACUAUCAACAAGUACGGCCAGCUCUAAUCUCAACUCACCUACAUUUUAACAAUUAUCAAAGAUUCAUUCAAGCUGCCAUCUUAAGAUUAACUUUUUCAGAUAGCGAAAUUGGAGAGCAAAAGCGCGUUAUUAGUUGUAUAUAAAAUAAAAAAAAUUACAAAUUUCUAUUUUUAAGCUCCUCUUUUUAUGUAUACAAAAUUUUAUUUGUAAAACUUUUUUGAAAAACUGAUCAUUUCAAAUUUCUAUGUGCCUAAGGAUAGACAAUUUGAUUAUAAUGAUAGUUAUAAGCAAGUUAAUGAUUUUAGGAUCUAUUGAUAAUACAAUUAAUCCUUGAUAAAUACACUUUUUCAAAUUUCUAAAAUGUUUAGAGAUCAUUUUUAAAUUUAUAAUCAUGUAUUACGAUUUGUAUAUCAAUAUAAGUUUUUAUAAAAAUAUACACACUAGUUAAUAAGCAAUUCUGUAAGUAUUUUUAUAUCGUAUUCGAUCAUUGAAUCUAGUAUCAAAUUGUAACACA